AUGCACAAUAAAUAUGGGCCUAUCGUUCGCAUAAGUCCUAACGAGACACACUGCAACGACGUGGAUUUUAUAGACGAAAUCUACGCUACAUCUAAUCGUAAACGGGAGAAACCACUACACUUUGUCCGCGGUUCAAUGUUUGGUGAAUGCGCGUUUGAUACUAUCGAUCACGAUCUACAUAAGAUUCGACGCACGGUAAUAGCUAAAUAUUUCACGCGGGGAAUGGUCAACCAAUCAGAGAAGGAUAUACAUCAGUUAACACAGACUCUCUGCAACAAGCUAUUGAUAUCACCUAACGAUCCGAUCGAUAUCAUUGAAGCUUAUAAUUGCUAUACUGCAGAUUCCAUAUGCUAUUACCUCUUUGGUGAAGGCUUCGGUUUUUUGAAUCAGAAGGGGUGGUCUUUAAACCUUCACCAUAACAUUCGUUCCGUAGGCAUAACCAGGUUUAUAUUCCGCUUCUUUCCUGUCUUUGCGAAGCUUUUAGAUCUUAGUUAUCAUUUUAUUAAUUAUGUCCUUCCCGAUGAUAUUAGAUUUCUUUUCCGAACGUUCAAGGUUGAGUUGCCAAAUCGUAUUCAAAACAUACGUACUGAGAUCGACUCGGGAAUUAUAAGAGACCGGCCUACUGUCUUUGGCUCCUUAUUACGGCUAGAACCCGAGCAGCGGAAACAUCUGAAUUUUACCGACGAAGCUGCAUUGAUCACCAAUGCUGCGUCGGGGACCACAACCUGGGCAUUAACCGUUAUUACGUAUCAUAUUCUAAACAAGCCAGAGAUACUAGCAAAUCUAACACAAGAGCUUAAUAAAAUCGUGGAUGACCCCCAGCACCUGCCUCCUCUUAGUCUGCUUGAAAGCCUUCCCUAUCUUGCAGGAGUUAUCCAAGAAGGUCUACGCCUUUCUUACGGUGCGGCGGGUCGCUCACCACGUGUUCCGAUUGAUGAAGAUCUAAUAUAUGGAGAAUGGAAGAAGAAACCAGUGAGCUAUGUCAUCCCUAGAGGCUACGCUAUUGGCAUGUCGUCUUUUAUUAUCCACCACAACGACGAUGUAUUCCCCAAUUCGCAUUCAUUCGUUCCCGAGAGGUGGCUUGACUCCAAAAGUAGAAAAAUACUGACUCGUCAUAUGUUUGCAUUUUCGAGAGGUGGUCGAAAUUGUUUGGGGAUGAACUUUGCAUUGUGUGAGCUUUAUAUGGCAGUGGCCGCACUCACGCUGCGUGUUUUCCCACGAAUGCAUCUUUUUCAAACGACGGAAGAAGAUGUAGCUUACGACUAUGACAUUUUCUCGCCCAUGCCAAAAGCUAGUAGCAAAGGUGUGCGAGUAGUUCUCACGGCUAUUUGA